CCUCUCUUUCAUCUCGAAGAUCAAGAGACAAAGAAAAACUUCUCCGUUUUCUUCUCAAAGAUCAACAAAACAUGCCGCAAUGUUGUCUGCUAAAAACAAGUGCACCAACAUUCCCCGUAGAAGUUCCACUUCAUGACAACUGUUGUAAUAUUUCAAAAGAUCUUUGUUUUAGACUCAGAAUUAACUCCCUAUUGCUCAAAACAUUAAGUCCUUGCAAAUUUCGUACUUUAUAUCCACCGCACGUUUUGAUCUCAUAGCAGUUCUGACAACAUCCCUGUCUGUCAAGUUGGCCAAACUGGGGUUGCGGCCUCGAUCGGGAUCGCGACCAUCGAGUGUCAACCCAGCCUGGAAAAAGGUGGCAUCGCUAAGUCUAAGUUUAGGUAGCGGUAAAGAUUCCGUUCGCUCAGCCAACAAACCAUUUCAAACGAGACGCGAGAGGAAAACGCCAAAUUUGAGACGAUGUCGUCAAGUACGAGAUUUAGAGGUCGCAAGCUUCAGGAAUUUAAUGUUCAAAGACGCCUUCAUCAAUGGGAAAGUGCAGAACAAAAUGCAGCUAACUAUGGCUAUUUCCAAAAAGUAAAUUUCAUGACCAACCAGCAUCAGAUGUGGGAGAAGUUUGACCCAUCAAGUUCAAGACUAACAAAGCUGAAAGAGGAGGAACGACGUAGAAAAUUGGCCCUAAGACGUGAGAAACUGGCCAACAUUCUCCAUGAAGAAAAUGAGAAGUACAGGAAAGAACUACAAGAAUUUGACGUGUACAGAAGGUCCAACAAUAACUAUGAAAUUGGGACUCUACGUCAGAUUAAUGGAGAGUUAAAGAGACGUGAAGAGGAAAAGCGGGCUCGUGAAGCAGAGCUACGUUUAUAUCAUCGUUGGCGAAAUGAUCAACCCCUUCUGAAACAUAUGGCUGAUCGAAAUCAAUCAGCAUUUGUUCGCCAGGCUUGGGUUGACCAAGUUGAAGAAAGACUAGCUCACGAGAAAAAGCAGGCUGAGGAAGAAAAAAUUCUUGAUGAAAAACGACAGUCUCGUCUAGCUUUGCAGGAGCGAGCUGAACGUGCUUUUCUUGAUGAAAGAAAUGCUCACCUCACACAAGUCAAGCAUGCACUCCAAUGCCAAUUAGAUAUUUUAAUGAAAAAAGAGGAACUUGCAAAGGAAUUAAAACAACAAGAAGAGCUCAUGUUACGAAGAGAAAAAGAGCUUGAAGAAUUGUCUGAGCGACGUAAACAAGCCCAAACUAAGCGAGGAGGCCUUGAACUGGGUAUGUACUUCCAAGAACAUUACAAUCUUAAGCUGAAACGCAGAGCUCGAGAAAUUCGUGAUGCAUUGGAGGAAGAUCAGAAGAUCUUGAAAGAAGCUGAAUCACGCCUGGCUGAUCCAAAUUUGGAAGAAGAUGAUAGAAGGGAGGCACGAAAACACAUUGAUCGUGCUAAUGCUAUCCUCGCCUCUUAUGCUGAGGUGGAAAAGCUCAUAGAAAAGGACACAAGGGUGAUGUUCCAGGAGGAAGCGCGUUUCUUUUGGGAUAAGCAAGAAAAGCGUUGGAAAGAAGAGCAAGAAGCACGGAGCAGACUAAUGGCAGAUACACUAGCAACCCUUCAAUUGCAGAUACAAGAAAGAGCUCAUCAAAAUCGUUUAGCUCAGGAGAAUCUUCUGAAAGAAAGAGAGGGACUUGUGAGACAGAUAGAAAAUGGAAAUACUGAGAUGGAGAGACUUGAGGCUGAAUUAUUGUCAAAGAGAAAUUUGAAGGAUAUGUUAGAAGCUCAGAGUGAAGAUCAAGCCCUAGCUCGCCUGAAUCAAAUCAGGCAGCAGGAGAAAGAACGUCAAAUUCGUCUGGAGGAGAUGAAAAAAGAAGAAGAAAGAUUGCUUCAAGAAUUCAAACGUUUAAACACACAAUAUCCUAAACAUCCACUUGCAUUUGGAAGAAAAUCAUUUAUUCCAUGUUAGACUAAGCAUGUUUGUUACAUUAUAAUGGUUAUCAUCAUCAUCAUCCCUGUUUGUUUUUCUUGAGUUUGAAGACCUCUUCACAUUUAACGUGGGAAAAUGUAUUAGAUAUUGAGAAAACCUGUAAAGUAUUUCAAUACUCUUUUUAAAUAUGUGAAACUGUCUCAGAUUACUGUGAUAUGUAUCAGUCAUAAUUUUUUCUUGUAGAAUACCUACUAAAUGAUGUCUCAAAACUAUGUAUAUUAGAAAGAAGAUAUUCAAAUUUAUUUUGAUAUGGCCGGUAGUUUUAUGGUGACUGUGGAACAGAUCUCCCCCUUGUGAGAAAUAAAUUUCUUGUAAAUGUUGAAACAAUUAUUGUUUGAACAUUGACAAUAAACUCAUUUCUCACUGGGUCCAUUCCACACCCACAGAAAAUAGGUGGGAGAGCUCCUUCCCGAAUUAUUUUUUAAUAUCAUGCAGCAAUAAAGGACCAGCAUCUGUCUGAA